UUGCCCUCUUCGCUCAGAACUUUGUCUAUAAUCUAGAAAAAAUAAAAUACAAGCCAAAGGACAAGACGGUACACACUAAUCUCCUUCUCUUUUUAUAGUGAACCAACGUUAUUCCAAAGGGGGAGGGGAUAUCUGAAUUUGCCCUGAAAAUGACGUCAGUUUAUUCAUAAGGAUUAAUUCAUAAAAGGAUUUAUUCAUAAAGCCAAUCUGACAUUACGACAAAUAAAUUGUUAAUCGUAGUCGCCAAUGUAGGACAUGGAAUAUUAGUGAUGAGUGUUUAAAAGCCUUUUUUCAAAUUUUUUGGUUUUGGGGGUAAAAUCUUGUUUGUGUUUGUUUCUACCUAGCAUCAGACGGUAGUUUUUAGGACACUGAGAUGCCUAUGUUUAUCGAGCAAUGUUAUGGUCCUUCCUCGCGUAAAAUCUGAAGGAAAAAUAAAGAGAAUGGCUUAUAACCAAGAACUGGCACAAAACUAUGGCGUUUUGAAACUUGGCUAUAUCGCAGCCAGUUUUGUAAAGAUUCAAAUUCAGAUAAGCAAAGCAAGGGGUAUUAGAAAUUUGUCGGACUGUCUGGUGCGAAGAAGGCCGCAUCUCAAUUCUAAUAAAUAUAUCAUGUCUACAUGCAAACCUUCCCAAAAGAACUUUGCUGGCACUUUAUUGAAAAAAGGAAGCAUGCUUUAAUUCUAGAGAGACAAUGUGGUUUGAAAAGACUGCGUUGCCAACAAAUUCUAAUGGAAGGUGUGUUCAAAUGUUUACCAUUUCAGUUGCAAUGCAAAUUCUUAAACGGCCUUUAUAGAUUGGGGCUGAAAAUGCAAAUAUAUGAUCGUAUUUCAUAUGCAUUCGUUGAAUAUGUCUACUCUGUGUCCCAGAGAGUAAACCAUCUUUUCAAAAUGUCUAAUCUGUGUAGACGUUGCUUGCAUUUCGGGAAACUAUAGGGCACAAAAAUGACGUUUUCUAAUUGCGCACCAUUUUUGCAAAGCAUGCUAAUUCUAUACAAGGAAGCGAAUAGCCGUGCAGGGGUGUCUUUUAUCAAAGUACAAUAAAAAUUAAAAAAUUACGAAAUUGAAUAGACUGGAUUAACGAUCUACGUUUUUGUACGUAAACAGAAUUGUAUUGCUUUUUAUACCCUUUUCUUCUGGGCAUCUUUAAAAUUGGGUCAAAUCCGACGAGACCUCAUUAGACUCAGAGAGCAGAUUGGUUCGCACGGAAAGAGUUUGAAAGCCAUCUUUAGACAAUUAAAGAUGAAGCGAGCUGUUUUUCUGCUCCUCUGCCUCUUCACAUUUUGCCUGUCACCUGCCAAGAGUGCUCCAAAGCCUACCAAUGAGCGACAAAGUGAAGCUGGUUGGAUAAACUCUUUGGAAGGCAACAUAUUGGACGAUCAGGAAAUUGAAUCCCUUUCAGUCGAUGAUUCUCAUGCAGAUAAAGACUUGGAUGAAGAGCUUGAAGAUAUAAAGGCAAAAGAAGACUCUGGACAGAAAGAUACCAGAAGCAAUGCAGCAAGUAUCGAUCAGAUUAAUAAGAUUAACCAAGAAAACGUUGAGAAAAUUCCAGUAAAGUUGGAAGGGGGAGAUAUAGCCAAAAACCCACGCUCACCUUCAGAUGAUGACAUCGAGAAGAAAGCCGCUCAUCGAUACCUUGGCAAGAUAUGGCAGGAUAGGACUAUUCCUUACAUCUUUAAUGCUUCUGUACCACCGAAUGAUAGGACGGUGAUUCUGGCAGCCAUGGCUAAAUAUCACAAUCACACAUGCCUUAAGUUUGUCGAUGCUACUGGAAAUACAUCAAAAUACCAGACUUAUUUGCAUAUAGUACGGUCAUCUGGAUGCUGGUCCUAUGUUGGAAGAGUCUUCACAGGAGAACAAAAGCUUUCCAUUGGAUCAGGCUGUGGCUCUGUUGGGAUUGUUAUCCAUGAACUUAUGCAUGCUGCUGGCUUCUACCACGAGCAAUCGCGAUAUGACAGGGACGACUUCAUAGAAAUUCUAUGGGAAAAUAUCCAAGAUAAGAGGGAAGGCAACUUUGCAAAACAGACUGCAGAAGCCGUCCAAGUAUUUCAAACUGCGUAUGAUUUCGACAGUGUGAUGCAUUACGGAAAAACGGCCUUUUCAAAGAAUGGAAAGAAUACUAUACAAUCAAUUACUGAUCCGAGCAGAUCUUUUGGACAGAGAGCUGGCUUCAGUACUCUUGAUAUACAGGAGCUUAAUGCUCUUUAUCAAUGCACAAAGGCGGGCAGUGGCUGGUCUGAUUGGUCUGAAUGGAGUCCUUGCAUUCAUACAUCUUCAAGUAUUUUCAGGCAAAGACAGAAGUACUGUUUUGAGACAGAUCGAUCCUUGUGCCCUGGGGCAGACUCCAGAGGCUUGAUGUUUGAAAGAAAAGCAACAAGUUGUAGUGACCCUGCCUGUAUAGUUAAAGGGCAUUGGUCAAGAUGGACUUCGUGGUCUUGUCAAACAUCAUGUGGCUCAUUUGGAUCCCGAUCAAGAGCUCGAACAUGCACAAAUCCAGCACCGAAAUGUAAUGGACCCACAUGUUCUGGAAAGUCAUUAGAGUCAAUGCCUUGUUAUCGUUGCAACAUCCUUGGGCCUGAUGACUGUGAAUUUGAGAAUGCAACCAACAGACUGUGCCACUGGAAAGACCAGAAAAGCGCUGGGUACGAUCUGGAAUGGAUCCCUCACACUGGACAAACUCCUUCAUCGGGGACCGGGCCAACGGGAGAUGCUUCUCCAAAUUUCAAUGGCGCUGGGUACUACAUUUAUGUGGAAACAUCAUCGCCUGCUACACAUGGCCAAAAAGCUCGGGUAAUGAGCAAGCUGAUGGCAGCUACAGCAUCUCGAAGCAUCAGCUUCAAAUAUCAUGCUAAUGUUAACGCGUUAACGUAUUUGAAUCUCUUCUUAAAGAAUGCUAGCGGGGAAGCCCUUUUAUGGUCAAUCAAAGGAAAACAGGGCUCUGCUUGGAUAAAUGCAACCGUCCCUUAUCAGAGCUCUUCCUCUUAUAAUUUGAUAUUUGAAGUAGUAAGAGGCGAUGAUUGGACAUCGGACAUCGCUCUGGAUGAUAUAACCUUUUCAGCGGUUGAUCCCUGUGCCUCAAAUCCUUGCCAGAACGGAGGAUCUUGUUCCAAUUCUGGUGGAAGCUACAUGUGUGUCUGUCCCUCUGGUUUCACAGGGCUGAACUGCGAAACAACGGUUAAUGCCUGUGCCUCAAAUCCUUGCCAGAACGGAGGAUCUUGUUACAGCUCUGGUGGAAGCUACAUGUGUGUCUGUCCCUCUGGUUUUACAGGGCUGAACUGCGAAACAACGGUUGAUGCCUGUGCCUCAAAUCCUUGCCAGAACGGAGGUUCUUGUUCCAGUUUUGGUGGAAGCUACAUGUGUUCCUGUCCCUCUGGUUUUACAGGGCUGAACUGCGAAACAACGGUUGAUGCCUGUGCCUCAAAUCCUUGCCAGAACGGAGGAUCUUGUUACAGCUCUGGUGGAAGCUACAUGUGUUCCUGUCCCUCUGGUUUUACAGGGCUUAACUGCGAAACAACGGUUGAUGCCUGCGCCUCAAAUCCUUGCCAGAACGGAGGAUCUUGUUACAGCUCUGGUGGAAGUUACACCUGCUACUGCCCUAAUACUUUUACAGGGCAGAACUGCGAAACAGCGGUUGAUGCCUGUGCCUCAAAUCCUUGCCAGAACGGAGGAUCUUGUUCCAGUUCUGGUGGAAGCUACAUGUGCUCCUGUCCCUCUGGUUUUACAGGGCUGAACUGCGAAACAACGGUUGAUGCCUGUGCCUCAAAUCCUUGCCAGAACGGAGGAUCUUGUUCCAGUUUUGGUGGAAGCUACAUGUGCUCCUGUCCCUCUGGUUUUACAGGGCUGAACUGCGAAACAACGGUUGAUGCCUGUGCCUCAAAUCCUUGUCAGAACGGAGGAUCCUGUUACAGCUCUGGUGGAAGUUACACCUGCUACUGUCCUAAUGCUUUUACAGGGCAACACUGUGAAACAGCGGUUGAUGCCUGUGCCUCAAAUCCUUGCCAGAACGGAGGAUCUUGUUACAGCUCUGGUGGAAGCUACAUGUGCUCCUGUCCCUCUGGUUUUACAGGGCUGAACUGCGAAACAACGGUUGAUGCCUGUGCCUCAAAUCCUUGCCAGAACGGAGGAUCUUGUUCCAGUUUUGGUGGAAGCUACAUGUGCUCCUGUCCCUCUGGUUUUACAGGGCUGAACUGCGAAACAACGGUUAAUGCCUGUGCCUCAAAUCCUUGCCAGAACGGAGGAUCUUGUUACAGCUCUGGUGGAAGUUACACCUGCUACUGCCCUAAUACUUUUACAGGGCAACACUGUGAAACAGAUGUCGACGAAUGUUCUUCAGGACUUCAUUAUUGUCAUACUAAUGCUACGUGCACAAAUACCGCAGGCUCAUACACAUGCACUUGCAAAAGUGGCUUCACAGGAAAUGGAAUGAGCUGUGUUGGGAUUGAUGAAUGCGCCAGUCUGCCUUGUCAGAAUGCAGGCCUAUGCAUUGAUGAAGUUAACAGUUAUCGAUGCCAUUGCUUUGCUGGCUUCACUGGAAAAAACUGCGAAAUAAACAUCAACGAAUGUUUUAGCCUUCCUUGCUUAAAUGGUGGCUCGUGCAUCGAUGGAAUUCACGAUUUUACGUGCAUUUGCCCACUUCGUUUUACCGGAAAGCGAUGUGGAGUUUUUAUUCCAACAACAACUGCCGCACCAACAACCAGGAAGCCAACAACUGCCGCACCAACAACCAGGAAGCCAACAACUGCCGCACCAACAACCAGGAAGCCAACAACUGCCGCACCAACAACCAGGAAGCCAACAACUGCCGCACCAACAACCAGGAAGCCAACAACUGCCGCACCAACCACUCCCCUACAGGGAAACUUUAUUGAUUUGAUUUCUUGCGAUUUCGAGUGUGGAUGGUGCUCAUUGAAGCAAAACAAAUCAGAUACGUUUGAUUGGACGAGAGAAAAUGGAGAAACUCCUUCAUACUACACUGGGCCAUCAUCCGAUCAUACUACUGCCAAAGAUGGUUAUUUUGUAUUUACUGAGGCCUUGUAUCCAAGAAGACCAAACCACAAUGCAGUUCUUUCAACGCCUCUCAUGGAAUGGGAUGGUCAACAGAGAUGUAUAGAUUUCUAUUACCACAUGUUUGCUUUUGGUAUCGGCUCCCUAGUAGUUACAGUUGACUUUGAUGGUGUGUCGACUGAAAUUUUUAGAAAAAACGGUAAUCAAGGAAAUCGCUGGAAUCAAGGCCUAGCCACAAUUGAUAUUCCCAACGGAAAGAAAUUCAAGGUCCACUUUGAAAAUUUGAGAGGAUAUUCCUUUGCUGGAGAUGUUGCCCUUGAUGACGUCAGAGUUUGGAAAGGUGCCUGCCCAAGUGGAGCAGCGUCUACUCCGUCUGUUUUGGCAUGCCCCUUGGAGCGCAACGUAGGAUUCUGCGAUUGGACUCAGCCGACGAAUGAUGAUGGGAAUUGGCGGCUGAGACGGGCACGAGGUCCCCGUGGAGACGAGGCCAACGUUGACCAAAACGAGAAUGAUGAUGAAGCUGGAUAUGAGGCAGACCCGCACCAUCGUAGAAUUGGACGUGGUCGUGGAGGACCAAGAGAGGCUAUCUCUGGCCGAGGAGAUUUUUUCGCGUUCUUCCAUGGUGGUUGGCAAUAUAACACAGAAACAGCCGUUCUGAGAAGUAAGCAAAUCACUUCUUCGGAAACAUCAUGCUUGCGAUUCUUUGCUCACAUGCAUGGCAAAAAUAUUGGAAGUCUCUCAGUAAAAAGGACGGCUGCUUUCGGACAGACAGAACUUUUGAAGUUGUCAGGAAAUCAGGGUAAUCGAUGGUUUGAAGCUGAAGUUAACAUUCCUGCUGGCUCCAAUUUCAAGAUUGAGAUAACUGCCAAACAAAGCAGAAGAGCCACCAUUGCAGUCGAUGAGAUCUCCGUUAGCCCUGGCAAAUGCCCUUUCCCAAAGAAUUUGUUCGACUGUGACUUCAGCUUUGGAUCUUGUGGCUUGAAACAGGUGGAUCACGACGAUUGUGACUGGAGCAUUGUCUCAGCCAACGGAGGUAAAGCGUUACAUUGGGAUGUCAAUAGAUGUCAAGUUGGUUUCUUUGGCCAUGGCCGCUCUAAGCCUAAACGGGACUUUUACGGUGAAGAAUAUAUCGCUCUGCUAGAAAGAGAUAUUAGUGUCCCUAAACGUGGUGGGUGCAUAACCAUCGAUUUCCAUCUUGGUGCUAAUGAUGUUUGUGAGCUGCAAGCGACAUUGACCUCAAGCUCGCAUUAUGAUGACCAAAGGAUCUACUACAGAAAGGCCAAGAGUCGGGAAGAGAAACCUCAGAAGGCUUUCAUAACAAUCCCACCCUCAAGAGGAGGAUGUUCACAGAAAAUGAUUGAGUUCCAUGCAACAAUGAAGGCAGGGUAUCGGCGCCACUGUCGUAGUUUGUUCAUUGAUAGAAUUUCCUUCAGAGAGGGUAUUUGUGGCAACGUUUGAGAAAGAAAUCGACUUUACAAUGCACCAGAUGACGUCAUUACAAUGCACCAGAUGACGUCAUUACAAUUUUUUAAAUUUUUUACUGAAAUGAUCUUUUUUAAUUGUUUUAGCAUUUAAUUAACAUUUUUUAGUAUUUUAAUUAUUUGUGAGCUCGCUAAUGCUUUUUUACUGCUUAACUGAAUUUUGAGGCCUGAA